UAGCUGCUCCUGUUCUGUAAAGUAGCCCAGAUUCACUCCUUGAAGGAACGUAUUCCUCUUGAGAUGAACCUCAUUGGGACCUACCAGCAUCCUCCCUUCCCAUUUAUUCCCCGCUGUCAUCAGGAUACCCCUUAUUUCCCAGGCUGGGGGGCGAGUCCCGGCCCUGCCCCCGCUGUCCCGGGGCAGGAGGGUCAGGUUUGCGCCCCGGGCCGAAGAAAAGAGCGCAGACGGACGGAAAGCAUGAACACGGCCUUCGCCCAGCUCAGAGGCUGCAUCCCCAACGUCCCCUCAGAUACCAAACUGUCCAAAAUCAAAACCCUCCGCCUCGCCACCAGCUACAUCGCCUACCUCAUGGAGGUCCUGGCCAAAGAGUCCGGGGGUCAGGAGGCCUUCAGGGCCGAGAUUAAGAAAUACGACAGCAGGACGCUGAAGAGGAAACGGGACACGGCCGCAGGUCUGGACUGCUCGGUGAAGCUGAAGUUCGGCUCCAGGUCCGGUUGGCCUCAGCAGGUCUGGGCCCUCGAGCUCGACCCGUGAUGUCAUCAGUCCCGUCGGACUCGUGGUGGGAGCGAUGAGCAGCGAAGCGUUAAAAAUCCUCACA